CUUUGGAUUGUGCAAUUAUGUCAGAGAGGGAUGUUGUGUUGUCCAGUGUGAACAGCAUACACGAUUACAGCUUGCAUAUCUAUUUGAAUGCACAACUGGACAUGCCAUUAUUAUUCAAAGACACACACAAAAACGUGAAACUUUCCCGUAAACAGUUUCAGAUCCCGUGCUUUUAUUUUGAAGGCCCACACUCCCCGUGUACUUCCGGGCUGGCCGUGCUUCUCGUCUGUACCUUGACGCAGCCAAGCUGGUCUGUAGCUUCUGCUGGCUGCUGCAGGCGUGCUAUUUGCGGCAGCGGAGAGACCUCUGCGAAAUGCCUUUUGUAUUCCCCGGGUGUCAUUUUUGGUUCCGUUUUGUGUUUUGCGUCGGGUCCGAUCACGGUGUUUGUCGCCAUGCUCUGCGGUGGAUUCAGCGGGCUGUCCUAGCUGACUGAGCCGCUCCAGCAGCGGUGGGUCCGGUGCAGCGCACAGCCGGGGAUGAGGCCUACUUGUUAAAGCUCCCCCACCACCCCUCCGUCGCGAUGGCUGAUGAUCAACAACAACCUGGUCAGAAGCCUGCUUCGGGAUUAGGCUCUCUUCCAGCGCUGGUGCCAGGACUCCAGGGGCCCGAGGCGAACGCGUUACAGUUCAAAAUAAAGAAUUCCAUUUGCAAAUCUGUACAAUCAAAAGUGGACAGCAUAUUGCAAGAUGUUGAGAAGUUUACAGACAUCGAAAAACUCUACCUCUACCUGAAGUUGCCUUCUGGUCCCAGCAGUGGCAAUGAUAAAAGGACUGAGAAUGAGAGGGGGUCCACCCCUGGAUUAUGUGAUCAGAGUUCCAUGUCGUCAAGCCGUACUCAACAGAUGUAUGCUUUCAACUGGAUACGGAAUCACCUAGAAGAGCACCCAGAGACUUCCCUCCCAAAGCAAGAGGUGUAUGACGAAUACAAGAGCUAUUGUGACAAUCUCGGCUACAAUCCACUGAGCGCAGCAGACUUCGGAAAGAUCAUGAAGAAUGUCUUUCCUAACAUGAAGGCACGUCGACUGGGCAUGAGGGGGAAAUCCAAAUACUGUUAUAGCGGGUUAAGGAAGAAAGCUUUUGUUCACAUGCCGUCCUUACCCAACCUGGAUCUGCAGAAAUCUGGUGAUGGGUGUGAGCUGAUGGAGCCGUCAGGCCAGUCCCCGAGCGCUGAAGAUGAAAUGAGGUCUGCCGCCUGUGGACUGGUGUGCGAGUGGGCCCAAAAGGUGCUGAGUCGUCAGUUUGACCAUGUGGAGGACCUGGCCCGCUUCCUGCUCAAUAGCCACUACAUUGGUACUAAGUCCAUGGCUGCACUCACUGUUAUGACUGGAACGCCCACAGGGAUGAAGACGCCAACUCCAGCCUCUGCGUUUGUGCCGACAGCGGAGGCAAACUCUUUCCAGCCCCAGGUGAAGACCCUGCCUUCUCCCUCUGUUGAUGCGAAGCAGCAACUGCAGCGCAAGAUCCAGAAGAAGCAGCAGGAGCAGAAGCUCCAGUCACCGCUGCCCAGUGAGAGCCAGGUCAAGAGGACAGAGGCCAGUACUCUUGGCCCCACCAUCGCCUGUGGCAGCCCUGCUCUACUCUCCCCGCAGCCCACCAUAGGCAUCGUGGUAGCAGCUGUUUCCAGCCCAGUCACGGUACAGCGAGGCAGGCAGUUGAUGACCUCUCCCAGCCCUGUGGGGACUUCAGAAGGGAAAGUGUUGCCUGUGAACUUCCAAGUGGUCACUCAGUCUCUGAAACAGUCCCCCAAACACCCUCAGAAUAUAUCAGCCAGUCCUGUGAGUGACCGGCUGGCACGACAUGGUACGCGGUACGCACAAAUCCUGCCCAAGCCCUCUGCCACCAGUGCCAUCACGCUGCGCUCACCUCCCACCCUGCUCAUCACCAACAGCCCGAUAAAAACUGUGAUGCCAACUCCCCACGUCAGCUCAGUCAACGUGGUGAAGAUGACGGCCAUUGCUCUGGCUCCCAGCAGCAGCACGGCCAUGCGUCCUGCCUCGGCGGGUGUGAAUACCAUCGCGACCCUGGACGACUCACAGUACACACAUUGUGGGAGUUCAUUUGCCCCUCACUCCUCUGCAAUCCGACCCGGUGCCCUGAUCUCCACCCCGAUCCUCUCCACUGACAUCAAACUGUUGUGUGAAGCUGGACAUGACAAUAACCACGGCCAUGGCACAGGGAGAACUGUUUUGGGGGUAAAAGAGGAUAAAAUGGCUAAGUUCAGGGCUGCAAGUGAGCCAAGCUUCCUGAUUAAGUGUUCUCCUGGACCCGACAAGGGGUCAAGAAUAAAAAUUGACCCAACAUCCCCUCCCAUCUCGAAAUCUGUAGCUGGGACUCAGGACAGCAAUAGCAGUAACUGCCAUGGCAGUACUUUGUACUUGACUGUUGAUAAUCACAACUUGUAUUGCAACACAUCAUUCAAUGGCUCCUCUGGUCUUACCCCAACAUCGAAAGAUGUCUGCCUGGAUAUCAAGAGCCCAAGAAAGCGCACAGGCCCAGGUGGAGAGUCCCAUGUCAUUCCUGUGAAAAGAGUGUUUAUUUCCCAGCAGCCACUGGCUGUAAUUGACAAUCCCAAACCUGGAGUCAGUGCUGGAUUGAAGAGGAUCCCCAGACCGGGAACCCCCGCCAGACCAGAGAGUGCUCCCUGCAAAGUGACUGUGAGACACACCUCCAUGGGGCCCACACAGAUCCUUGCUCUCUCUGACUCGCCCAUCACACACAACGAGUGCUCCCAGACUGUUGUCAAACCCCAGGCCUUGCUGAUGAAACGCGAAGACCACUCCGUCAGAACUGAUACAACCGCCGCUGGAAACAACAUGCCGGAUCAGGCGUUGCUACGGCAGAUCACCAGAGACCCUCUCACCAUACCAGCCAACUCAGGAGCACACGAAGCCUCUGUGAUGAGAGACUUAAAGAGCACAAUAUGGGAGGAGGGACAGCUUGAUGAGCUUCGGAAGCAGGCGUUUGCGCAGCAGAUGCCAGCAGAACACAAACAAGCCCCUUCUGACCAACUUUCCGUUCUCGGUCAACCCCCCGAGGCCUCAGGCCAGCUCAGCCUCGUGCAGGAGAUGGUUGACUUUGCAGGUUCUCAGCCCAACAUGGACUACUUCCCGUUCAACGAUGACGACAUGACCCAGGACAGUAUUGUGGAGGAGCUCGUGCAAAUGGAAGAGCAGAUGAAGCUGAAGGGUCUGUUUGGUAGCUGUGUGGAUGUGUCCAUACAAGGCCAGUCAGCCAGCGGUCAAGGCUCCAUCAUGAACGCUCACCAGUCUGGCCCUACCUUCUUCCACUCUGCCCACAGCAGCACCACUCCCGUCCAAACUCCCACUCCAACACCGACUCCGACGCCGACGCCAACCCCCACCUCUGAGAUGACCCUCGGGCACAGCAUGACGAGAGAGAGCCCCUGUUCCCGCAUGGCUCCGAUCACCCCUGUGGAUGGACCCAUGGGUCGCCACACCCCCAUCAGCACACCACUGUCCAACUGCAGCAGCGUCCCCCCGAGCCCGGUGGAGUGCAGGAACCCUUUUGCGUUCACGCCGAUCAACUCGAGCGUCACGGGGUACCACGAUGCCAGCAUUGUCUCCAGUAGCCCUGUUAAGCCCAUGCAAAGGCCAAUGGCAACACACCCUGACAAGGCCAAGCUGGAGUGGAUCAACAACCGCUACAACAGCAACUCUGUCGCUCCUUUGCCCAACCACAGCAUUGGCAUUCUGCCCAGCUACCAAGACCUGGUAGAUGAUCAGUUUCGUAAGCCGCAUGCUUUUGCGAUUCCGGGCCAGUCCUUUCAAGCUCAGUCCAGACAGGAUGCGGCUCACUUUGGCCGGUUGACCCCCAUAUCCCCGGUGCAGCAGCAGCUGCUGCUAACGGGUGUCACUACUCCCACCAAACAGGAGAGUUUUGCUGUGCCUGCACCGUUGGACAACAAGGCAUCCACCUCAUCUGCAUCCAGCACUUUCCGUUGCCGCAGUGUCAGUCCGGCAGUGCGCCAGAGAAACUUCAGUGGCAAUGCCAACCCUCCAGCCACCACCAACACCACCACUAACACCACCACCCAAGCUGUGGUUUCACCCUUUAACUGCCCCAUCACCUCCGAGGUGCUCAGCAUCCUGUCCAACAGUCAGACCGUCGGCUCGGUGCACAGCAUGGUUCAGCGGAGCCAAUCCGUGCCCCUGAACAUCAUGAUGCAGAGUGAGAGGAUGCCCGUGCACGGUCAGAGCAACGCCGCCAAAAUCACCAAUGUUCUUCUCAGCAAGAUGACAGCUGAUGGCGGCGAUUCUGUCCGCGGCCUGGGCAUCAACAACCUCGCCUCUAACUACACGGCCCGUAUGAACCUCACACAGAUCCUGGAGACCACUCCUGGCUUUGCGGAAGGAGCUGCCCACCAGACUCAGCUGCCUGUUCGCUCCAGCCCUGCUGCCUUUGAGCUCCAGCAGCAUGGCUACCUCACCUCUAGCAGUGGGGAACAGGUGAGUUUCUCCACUGUGGACAGCCAAGCACAAGUGGGUCCUGGUGACCAGCAGCAGGUCCAGGAGAAUGCUGUGCAGACACAACCGCAGCUCCUCCUCCAGAGCACACAGCAGCAGGAGGACGAGCAACAGCAGCUUGAUUUCAACAACACCGUCAAGGACUUGUUGGGGCACGACGGCCUCAACCCCAGUUCUCAGUUGGUGGGUCAGGUAGCUUCCGAGCUCAAUGCUGUGGCGUCUGACUUUUCAAACGACAUCAGGCUGACCUCCGAUCUGUCCAGUAGCAUCACUGACCUUAACACGUUGGACACCAACCUGCUGUUUGAUCCUAAUCAACAGCAGGAACAAUACGAAGACUCAACACUGGAAGAACUGAAGAACGACCCGCUUUUUCAGCAAAUAUGCAGUGAUACUGUGAACUCUUUUGACUGGCUAGAAAGCAAAGACCAGCCGACUUCAGUCGAGAUGCUGGGCUAAAGUCAUCUUUUACUCCGUAUGAUUUAUGUUCUCUGUUGUUUGUUUGGUGCGUAUGUAGUUUGUCUGUUUUUAAACUAUAGUUUGUUUGGAUUUGUCUGGACUUUGCCAUUCGUUCUGUUAAAAGUGCCGGGCUUACCAGAAAAUCACUCGUACUAACGUUUAGUUACUUCUCUCCUUUUUCAUUCGUCACCCAGAGAUUCAGUACUUAACCACAUUUCGCCCUCAUCUGAAAAUAGAAAUGUCAGCAUUUCAAGUAAAAGGUGUGAGUACUUGACGGCAGCAUGCACUUACAAAGGGCAGGUGCGUAUGGUCUGACCAUUAAGAGAAACAUAAUCUUCCUUGUUCUAACCAAUCAAUAAUGCAAUAUUUGUAUUCAACAGACACUUAAUGAAAGAAAGAGAUGGACAGGAAAUUUGGCACAAAAGACCAAAAACGUAUGCUGUUGAAUACUAUUUUCAGUGUGUGCGGCUCAAGUUCAACCAAAUGGAGACAAUAUUGGGAUUGUAGUAUAUGCACAUAAUAGUUGUAGUACAUUUGCCUGCCAUAUCUGAAUAUUAAAAAAGGGUAGCAUCUUAUGCUGCCAGGUGCUGAAUUUACGACAUAAUCUUUAUACUUUAUCAUAUACCAAAUCAGUGGAAAACUGAUUCACGUCUGAGCAUUGUCCAAGAGUGAAAUUUUCUCAAAGCCUAUACUUCUUGUACUGUUUAAUAUCUUAUAAAGGGAGUAGAUGAAUCAGGAGGGAGAAGAUGGGAAUUCAGGCCACGUUGUGGACUAUACAUCGAGAGGAAUCAACAACUGGCUGCCUUAUUCCCAAAGUCCAAGGCCUUAUGCCAUCUGUAGAGAGACUGUAUAUAGUAUAAUGUUAAGACUCUUCAGAACCAUCCAGAGCUUCAUCAUAUCAAGGCAGCUGUAACUCUGAUGUUUUCAGUACUUUUUCUGAUUAUUUUUCUUUUGCAGUGUUACAAUAUAGAUGUGUAUUGUAUAGGCUAAAAACUACACUGUGUGCUCUUAUCAGUAAUGGAUUAGGAGGAAUUUGAUAUGCUGUCCAUAAAACAUGGCAGGCACACUUUUAAGUCAUGAGAUUUUUGUUGGCAUGCUAUAUCAAUGGUAUGGAGAAGGCUUAGUUACAUAGAAAGCUAGAGGCUGACAUUUAUGUUUUGAUGUCAUCUUGGGAUCAAAAAGAAAUGAAAUUAUGUUUGUGGAAAAUCCAGCCUUAUUUCCAUACCAAAGAUGAUCUGUUUAAAUAACAUAAGAGAUUAUUACACAUAGACACUCCUAGUAGACGUUAACGGCAACAAAAAACAGGGCGACCUCGGAGAUAUAAAAGAGUUUUAUUUCGAUGAAAAAGGGUUGAGUUGCAUAAAUCUUAUGUAUAGUAUGUACAUUUGUGAAAAGGGUCACUGUCCUAUGUUUGAUAGGCAACCAUGGACCUGAGAGCAUGUUGAAACCAUCACUGCUAGCCAGGUAGGCUCUGUGAUACAGUAGAAUGCUUGCUUGAGUUUUGGGCUAUUUGGUCAAUGUUGUAUGAGUCAUGUUUAAGCUCCAUCUGUAAAUAGGAUAGAUACAUAGAGAUGUGAUGUAUCAAGACACUAUAUUAUGGCCAUUAUUCUAGCUAAGUAUGUGCCAUUCAUAAGAGAAAAAAAAAGCUUAACAGAUCUAUAGUCGGCAAGAUACUGUAUGUUGUGUGUUACAUUUCUGGCUCAGUGUGUCGUAAAAGUAAUGCUGUCGGGUCUCGCUUGCUGAUUUUCUUUAACUUUUUUUCUAUUCAAAGAUAAUAGGUCUCUGCAGUUGCAGAAGUGAUGUGCGCUUUUGAGCAGGAUCAAUAGCAUGGUAUAUUGAGAAAAAAAAGUUGUGCUACUGUUAGCUGGUUGCAAACAUCUCUGUGACAGACAUUGUGCUCGAAGCCUUUCAGCAGACACUGGAGAAGAAAAAAAACAGUUACUCAUGUUUCAACAAACGUUGGAGGUUCACGUUAUUGCACUAAAUUUGUAUGACACAUUGCUUUGCCACAUCUUUAUGGACAAACGUAAUGAUGGCUGCCCACAAAAAAAAGGACGACAAAUAUUUUUUAUGACAAGAUGAGUAGGGAAAUUAACUGUCAGAAAAUGACUAAUUGUCUUGUAGCAAAAUGUGCAUUAAUCUCAGUGAGAUACACAUUUCUUACUCAUUCUCAUACACGAGAAUAUAAAGCGUUGAGGGGGGGAAAGUUCAACAACCUUUUAAAACCUACGUGCUCAUUAUGUUGAUAAAUGAUUGUACGCACACAUGUGUGAUGACUUCUGUUGUACUUUGUAUCCUUGGUAACCACUGUCUUCUGUGAUUUGGGCAGGUUCUGUUAACCAGACUGGCAGUGCUAGUUUCAUAAGUUUGAUUACUUCUGUUGUGUGCUGUUUACUAAGUUAAUGUUGUUCUAUAUGUUAUGUUCAUGAUGACUGUUUUCUGUUGAUUUUUACAUAUUCUUAUUUUUUUUGCAAAAUGCAUUUGUGAAGAAAUGUAAAAUUUUCUCGUAAUCUUUUCUUAAUCAAUAAGGCACUGAUAUUUGAAUUUGAAUGAAGGAAUGCACCUCUUCAUGAGUACAGGAGCUCCAUCAAGCAGUGACUCUGAUUCUUUACCUUUGACUGACCCAGAACCAACUCUGUUUGACUAUCUUGUCCAUUUAUACCAGUAGAAAAAAAGAAGAAAAAAAAAACCUCCUCCGUGGUGUUGUCUGGUGUACUGCUUAAUGUACAGUAGCUUGUUAAUAUUGCAAUUGCGUUGUUUCUUUUUUCAAUGGAAAGUACUCACUGGUGAGAUUUUUAAAGUGGUUUUAAAAGCCAAUAAACUUUUUUAAAGAAUG